AACUGUUUUGUUUAGGUUUUUAAAGUUGAGCUUAAUGGUACCAAAGGAACCGAAUAGAAAGUGUUCAUAAUCUUGAAAAUUGGAGCUAUGAUCCGCUCGGUGUUUGCUGUGCUUUGUUUCAUCCUGCUGCACAUCGGAGCUCAGGCAUUUGAAAUUUUGCCUGGAGAUUCUUUAAAUCACCAGGAAAUUACAGAGCAAGCGAUUCUCAAUGCAACUGUGCAGGCAUGCCGCUCUCUAGCCCAGACUGAAGGAACAAGCUUCAACAACCCAGCUCAGCCUUUCACUGCAGAAGGCGUUGCUGCUUCCUGCAGCGCCUCACAGUCCUCGAAGGCUUUCCGUCAAGCCAUCACAUCCAUCAAGCUGAGGAAUAUCAGAGUGGAUAUCCGCUAUGCCCUCAAACCGAGCUUCCACUUUGAUGAGGAGGAGUUCGUUCAGGGAAGGAGGAUCAUCACAGAUGGAAUGGUUGCUGUCAAAGCCGACAACAGGAUGGGGAAUUAUGAGACCGCAAGGGAGAAACUGGGAGAGAUCAUGCAUCCUUUGCAAGAUUUCUACAGUCACAGCAACUGGGUGGAGUUGGGAAACACGCUCCCAAACUCUAACCUGAUUAAAGCAGAAACCAGCAUUGGCAACAUCGCAGAUCAAAGCAGAGCCACCUGUCGCAGCUGUGUUGGCAACGACUGCACCAACAACAUUCUGGAGGACAUCAUCGCCGGACAGAUCCUGACCUCUGGCUACUUCGGGCUUCUACCUUUUGUUUCAACCAAGCCACCUGGAAAGUGCAGUCAUGGAGGAUCAGUCGAUCAAACCAGUAAGAUCGAGCCAACCGGUGGGAUUAACAAGGAUUCCUUCCAGUCCAGCCACGGACAUCUCCACACGCGAGCCGCAAACCUGGCAGUAGCUGCAACCAGCCAGCUUCUGGAGGACAUCCGACUGGCAGCUGGAGACCUCUCCUUCCUACAGCUGGUGGGGAUCUCUAGAGGAUCCAGCAAAGCUCUUUGUUUUGUCACAGACACGUCAAAGAGCAUGAGCGAUGACAUUGAGGUGGUGAAGACCGUCACGUCCACCAUCAUCAACAUUGAGGUGGGAACAGAGAACGAACCGUCCGUUUACAUCCUCGUCCCAUUCAACGAUCCAGGAUUUGGGCCAGUAAUUCGUACAACGGAUGCAACACUUUUCAAGGAUAUUGUGAACCAUCUAACAACUACUGGUGGAGGAGAUGUUGAGGAAAUGAGUCUUUCAGGACUGCAGCUGGCGUUAACUAGUGCUCCAUUCAACUCUGAGAUCUUUCUCUUCACGGAUGCUCCUGCUAAAGACAAAGAUUUGAAGAACACGGUGAUUGCUCUCAUAGAGCGGACCCAGACAGUGGUCAACUUUAUGAUUACAGACUCCGUUGUUACUAAUCGCCGCAGGAGAAGAAACAGCAACCUGCUGCAGACCAGAGCAAUCUCAGAGUCUGACGCUCAGCUGUACAGAGACCUGGCUCAGGCGUCGGGCGGUCAGGCCAUCGAAGUGACGAAGGCCGAACUUCCUGUUGCCGCAGCAACCAUAGUCCAGUCUGUCAGGUCCUCAUUGGUGACCCUUCUGCAGGCGUCCAGGAACCCGGGACAAACCGACAGUUUCACCUUUAUUGUUGAUGAAACUGUUAUAAACCCGACAGUUUACAUCACCGGCAGAUCCCUCACUUUCACUCUCACAAGCCCGACAGGUGUAACUCAGGAAAGCACCGACUCCACAGGCUCAUUGAUCACUUCUUCAGAGACUGUGGGAAACUUCAUAACGGUGCGAUUACUAAAGCAAGUUGGACAGUGGGCAAUAAGAAUGGUGUCAAACAACCCCUACACCCUGAGAGUCGUUGGUGAGAGCUCUGUUGACUUCCUGUUUGACUUUGUCGAGCCGUCUCAGGGUCCUUUCGGUGGAUUCGAUGCUCUCGACACGCGACCCAAAGCAGGCGUCAGUGGCACUUUGUUGGUGACUUUAUCAGGAAGUGACUCUGCUGCUGUGACAGAAGUUGCUCUGGUGGAAUCGACGAAGGGGUCGGAGGAGACGUUGGGAGUUGUGUCGCAGGGCAGCGGGAACUUUUUAGUCCAGGUUGAUGUGAUGCCGACGGUGGAGUUUGUAGUGAGAGUAAAGGGGAGAGUUCAAGGUUCUGCUACUGACUUUCAGAGACAGUCGCCCACCAACUUCAGAGCUUCUAAUCUGACUCUUACAGCCAACUCAGACAGCAUCUUGACUGCAGGAACCAUGACCUCUGUGCCCUUCACUGUGGCUUCAAGUAGAGCCGAUGAAAACAUAACCAUCCGAGCCACCAACUCGAGGAAUCUUGACUCGACGUUUCCGACCGUUUUAUUGGUGGAAAGUGGGAACAGCACUAAUGGCACGGUGACCCUGCUGGCUCCGCUGAGCAUCCCGUCCGGAUCCGACGUCAUCCUCACCAUCGUGGCCGAGACGCCGGACGGAAGUGACACCAACUACAUUGUGCUGCGAUUCUCUGUAGUAAACUCGUUAAAUGAUUUCACCCAACCAGCGUGUCAGCUUCUCAGCAUGCAGUCCGGCUGUGUCGAGAACUGCAGCCUGUCCGCUUGGGUCGCCUCCGUCAGAGUGACUGACGGCGACAGCGGGGCGGGCGUCGAACGCGUCAGCCUCAUACAGGGCACUGGCGUCUUCAACACCAGCCUGGAGGCCGGGAACGAGAACGUAACGCUGGUGUCCUACGUCGCCUCCUGCUGUGCGCCUGUAAUGCAGCUGCUGGUUGUGGACCGGGUCGGCAACGUUGGCACGUGUCAGUUCACUGCCAGGGACUCCGGGUCCGCUGUGGCCUCGCUGUCUUUCUUUCUAUGUCUCAUCAUCAUGGGGUUUGGUCAACUUUUACUCAGUGGAUUCAUGAAAUGAAUGAUUCUAAUAAUACUUUAUAACUUAUAAAUACUUUAUCAACCACUCUGACAAAUCUAAACCAUCUGGAAAGAAAUUCAGGAAUUUAAAAUGCAAUUACUUUCUUUUUUUAUUGAUAUUUGCACUGAUGUUUUUAUUAGGGAUGCAAUGAUAGAAAAAUGUGGAUAAUCGAUAUCCAAUAAUAAUGCUGUAAUGGCUGAUAACCAAUAUCUACUGAUAUUAUAUAUAUUUCACUCCAGUUUCGACACUUUUGGCAAAAAAAAACCCAACCAAAACAGAAAAAAAAAAUCGGCAGUUUUAUUUAUCGCACCGAUUCCAAUAUGUUAAAAAAUGGCUAAUAUUAUCCAGUACCGAUAUUGGUGCCGAUGUAAAGAAUAUAAUCUGAUUUAGAAAGAGAUGAUUUAACAGAUGGCUGAGCAUACUUCAAUUGCUGCAGAAAGGAAUUGAGUUACAAGAGUUGAACUUUAAUCCCUUAUGCUGUGUCAUGAACCCAUGGAUGGAGGGGUGAGAGGCUGCAGGAUAAACAGGAAAGGAUGCAAUGAUGUUAACUGUGAGAUAAGGUCAACUGUUGUCACAGAAUCUGGUGAUUAGAGGAAACCACCCCUGUUUUCCACUGAAUCGUAUGAUACGAUAACCGCUCACUCUUUAAAUAGAAAAGCCAGAGAGUAUAAAAAUUAUGAGAAAGCGGAACCAGGCGUUCUUUGCUCCUGUGUUCGAGUCGACAGCCACAUGAAGAUGCAGAAUCAACGGAGCCCUGAAACCCUGAGGAGAUGGAGAACAUCGCACUGCUUAGAAAGGAACGAGAUCCGUUAGCCCACACCCCGGGUUUCUGAUUAGACAGCUGUCCUACGCUCAACCCGAGGAUCACAACCGGGCUGCAGCAGACUUGGAGAACACGGAGAUCACGGAGUGUCAAGGAACUGAAUCCACAGAGGACAGUCAGCAGCUCAACUUUGUGCUGUUCUAAAAAGGAUCUUGCCACACCAGGAUGGGACUCAAGGAUAUAAAGCUUUCUGCUGCUGAGAUCAUUUCAACAUCUGGGUAUGAGAGGAAUUGCAUCCCAAAGCUUCGCUUCUCCAUUCUAAUGGCACAGUAUAGAGAUAUAGGUUAGGAAAGUUAUGUGUGAUUUUUAAUCUCUUAUAUUAAAAUGUUAAUUCCAUCAUUAAAAGAAACUGCAUGCCUAUUUCCCCCUGCAAAAACUUGCUAAUAAAUGUAUUAUAAAUUCUAA